AUGGAAGGGCCGACUGCUGCUCCGGCAGCAGCUGCUGCUGUUUCAGGGCCAGCGCUGGCAGCAGGAUCAGCUGCUAGGCCGGCAGCAGCAGGGGGACUCGCAGCUUCUUCUCGCCACAAAGAUGCAGCAGCAGAUGCGAGUUUCCAGUCUCUGUCAGCUGCUGAGUCCCACCGCUACGUCCUCGUGAAGCCCGUGAGCAGCAGCAGCAGCAGCAGCGGCGGCCAAGAUGGAGGUGUGGACAGAAGCAUUUUGGUGGACCCUUACAGACAGUGCGACCUGCAGGCCACGGAACAAAACUUCGCACAGCUGCUGGCCAGAAGGCUUGAGGCCUGGCGGCAGCAGUGCCUCCAGUUUGUCCCCAUGGCGCUGCAGGAGAGAGGCCUUGAGGGGCCCCCUGGGGGCCCCUUUGACUUGAAUGUGAUAUUUGUGUCGGUUUCCCCGGAGACAGAAAGUGCUCUGGUUUCUUUUUUCUUUGAGUUUGUCUACUGCGUGUCUUGGGGGAUGCUGCACCCUACUGCUGCUGCUGCUUUCCUGCAGCAGCAGCUGCUGCCCCGCGCGCUGCUGCACCUGCUGCAGCUGCUGGAGGACGUGCACCAGUGCGCAAGGAAGGCGCAAGCCCAGCAGCAGGAAGCUGCAGCAGCAGCAGCUGCUGCAGAAGCUGCAGCAGCAGCGGAUGACAAGGUCAAACCCGAGGACUGCAGUGCAGUCGCAGCAGCAGCAGCAGCAGCAGGCGCUGGGGAAGCAGAAAAGCGGCUCGCGGACGAGUCGUCUUCUCUAGCUGCUGCAGCGCAAGCAGCAGCAAACGACGCAGCAGCAGCAGCAAAGGAAACACCAUCGGGGGACUUAAAAAGCCCGAAGAAGGAGACAGAGCCUGCCAGCAUUUGCAUUACUUUUGCUUCUUGCUUCAGGGGGCCCCCCUCCCCCGCAACUCUUAACGUUUCAAGAGCAGCGGCCUUCAUGGCCCACAUUCUGGGGCCCCCCGGCUUGGGGGCCCCCCACAAGGGCCCCUACGGGCUGCAGGAGGCGCUGGGGGCAUCCGACAGCAGCAGCAGCAGCAGCAGCAGCAGCAGCAGGCUCGCGGGGGGAGCUCUGCCCCAGCCGUUUUUGGCAAUGCUGCUAGAUGGGGUCACGCAGUGCGCGGAGAUGCUGGGCGGAAACGGGGGAGGCCCCAGCUCAAGGAAGGCCCGAGCGACUCUCGCAGCUUUCCUGCGCCAGCUGGAGCUGCAGGGGCUGGCGACUUCUCAAGACAUCUGCGGGAUCGUCUCCAGUUCCCGGCUGGACGAGAUGCAGUGGUCGCGUUUGGCUUCGGGGGGCCCCUCUGGGGGCCCCCCUGGGGGCCCCCGGGGGACCCGCAGGGUCAACGAGCUCCUGGUCAAGGAGAGGACUAAACGCAAAUUCACGCUGACUGUUCACAACUCCACUAGAGAGCACAUUGCGCUCUAUGCGAGGAUGCAUGCGCUGCUGCUGCAGUUCGUUAGCCACCCGGAGAGGCUGGGCGUGGCUGUGGCUGCGGAGGCUUACAAGUCCAUCAUCAGCAGCGGCAGUUUGUGUCCCUCUCGUUCUCUGUCUUUGCUGCUGGGGGUCUACGAGGAUUUCCUGUGGGCCCCCAACCAGCUGCUGCCUCUCGUGCGGCUUUAUGCGGGCCCGAAAGUGCGAGAGGUGGUGGGCUUUACGCUGCAUAUGUACGCUGAUGCACGGGUGCACUUCAAGCAGCAGCAGCAGCAGCAGCAGACGUGGGGCACUGCCGGUGGUAGCAGCAGCAAGAAGCAUGACCCACUGCGGACGGUCGAGGCCGAGAUGGGAUCUUUAAGGACUUCUUUACUGAGCAGCACCGCAGAGGGGCCUCCGAAGGAGUUCUUUGAUCUGUUGGCUGUGCUGAUUAUGAGGGGACUGCUGUCGCUGGAGGAACUGUACCCUUACCUGCUGCCCUCCGACGCCUCUCUCGCUCUGCUGGCCGAUCGCCUGGCGCUUCGCUACCGCCAGGCCCUCUCACUGGCAAAGGCGGGGACCCUCCAACCGCCUCCGAAGCAGUCGCCUCCACCAGCAGCAGCACCAGCUGCAGCAGUAGCAGCAACAGCAGCUGCUGAAGCUACUUCGGGGGCAGACUCGUCUCCGCAGCAGCAGCCAUCCAGCUCUCAGGGGUUUGCGCCGUCGGGGCCCUUCGGGCAGGGCGGCCCUGGAGGGAUGCAGUUUGGGGGCCCAUACGGAGCAUCUCCUGCCUGGGGCAAUUCCCCAGGUAGAGGGGGGCGAGAUGACUGGAGGCAGCAGCAGCAGCAGCAGCAACAACAGCAGCAGCAGCAUGCAAGGGACAGCCCUGUAAAUUCAGCUGCUCCAGCGGCAGGCGCAGCAAAUGAAGAAGCUGCUGUUGCCGCCGCACUGCCCCCAAAGGUGGAACACCUUCUCCAGGAGGCUGAAAACACCUACAGGGCGUCUCGGGACUUUGUGUAUCGUUUGCGCGUUCCGAAAUUGGAGCUGUUGGCGUCUCUGUUGGAUUUCAAUGCUUUCGAGUCUGCCCAAGUUUUGCUGCUGCACUUCGCUGGAAAGCUGAGGCUGCUGCCCACAGUCAACUCUCGGGUGCACAAGAGCCUCGUUCAAUACGUCAGCUGGCUAAUUCGCCCCAUAUUAAAAGGGCCAGAGGCCUCCUUGCGGGAGAUGCUGGAGGCGCAUGCAAAGGCCCGAGGGGCCCCGUCUGGGGACGCAGCAUUUGGGGCCUACAAGGACCCCCUUGACGAGAAAGUACCUUCUGGAGAGGCCCUUGAAGCCCUGCGAAGGGCUGCAGCAGACGAAAACAACUUCAGCCCCGCCCGCCUCCCACGUGUGUGGCUAGGUCUGCUGCUGCCCUCGCUGUCUGCCCCUGCUCAGGCAGCAGCAAGAGCUGAAGCCGCAGCACCAACUGCAGCAGCAGCAGCAGCAGCAGAAGCAGGAGCAGCUGGGUUCAAGGCUCAGGGUCAGUUUCAGUGCACCUCAUUUGACGAUUUCUUCACCAAGGCAGUCCCGUUGCUUCGCGUGCUGCAUGCGUCCCUGGCGUUUGCCCCCCGGCUUUUGCUGGGGGUGUUGGGCAUCUGCAAGGAGUUUGCUGCUUCGGUAAAGGCUGGCAAGGUGCCCCAAGACUGGCGCUACGAACAGCUGGCCGUCUUUAUGGCGGAGACGAUAUUUCCGGCUGUUUCGCAAGUGCUUCAUGGGGCCCCCACUAUCAACGCGCUGCUGUGGUCAGCCCUUAAGGAGUUGCCGCCCCACAGGCGCUACCAAAUAUACGACAGAGUCAUGCAGCUGUGGGAAAGCGAGCAGUGCCCCUUGGCAUUGAACUACGAAGUGGCUCGGCUAAAGCUGCGCAAGCUGCUGAAGCGUUUGACUUCUACGAUAUUUUCGACUAAGGCAAAGGACAGCGACAAAAGCAUUUUGGCAGAAAUUGCGGCCCUUUCCCUCAGUGCCCCUCUGCCCUUGGCUGAGAUCGCCAUUACCCAGGGAGACUUAUUUGACGAAAACAUGGUGCAAACCCUGACGGAGGCCACGCGCCGGGUCUCAGCUGUGGCAGCAGAUGUGUUGGCCUCGCGUUUCAUCCAGCGGCAGCUGCGGCGCCGAGACGGAGGCGGCGAGGGCGAGGGUUUGGGGGUUUCUCGGAAGCUGCUUAACAGGGCGGCCAUGGCUGGCCGCUUCUUCAGGAUCCACAAAGACACCGACCUGCGACCCCUGCUGGUCUCCACAGUGACGCGCAUGUGGUGCGAAUUGCACGUGCGAGACGUGAAGCACUUUCGCAGCGGGCGGGAGGAGCUGGCUGAGGAGGGGGCCCCCAUGGCGGUGGACGGGGAGGGGGCCCUUGGCGGCGGUCCCCAGGGGCCCCCCUCUGUCUCCGUCGUUAUAGCUGGCAAAAACAGAGACUAUCCACACCGCCUGGCGGGAUUCAUCAGAGACAAGGAAUACGUAGAAAGGCUUCUGGAGCUCGUCGGCGGCUGCCCCAGACUCCCGGAGGCGGGGGCCCUAACGGCAGACCAGAUCUAUGCACAGGCAGGGGGCCCCCUGCUGAAGGCGGAGGUGAUGCUGGCGAGCGGAGAGGAGGACUUGGCGGUGGAUCUGCGGGCGCAGCAGCUGCUGUGCGAGGCCCUGGGGGACCCGCGGCUGCUGCUGCCGCUGCUGCUGAUUCCUGCGAAGGUUCGAGCUGAGGUGCUCUACGACUCGGAGUUCAGGCAGUCCAUGAUGGUGUUUGCUGCCACUGUAGACGAUCUCCACAAGUACCACUUGCAGCUGCUCGAGUACCUCCGCCGCUCCUUUCCCAGAGAGGCUUACCAGGCUGUGCUGCCGCCCCCCAAGACUCUGUUUGCUUUUCUGUGCCCGGCGAUGGCCUGGAGCUUCCUCAGGCCUGCGCUCCCUGACUUUCUCAGGGCCAAGCCAGACCCCGGUAGCAGCAGCAGCGGCGCUGCCUGCAGCAGUACCAGCAGCAGCAAGAAGACGCCGCUGCCACAAGAUGAAUCGUCGCCGCAGACCCGCGCGGGCUCCCCUGCGUGCAACACUCCCCCAGCGAAAGAAGCAGCGGCAGCAACGCCUGCUGCGCCUGCGGCAGCUGCUGCUGAAGAUGAGGCUCAAAGCCCAGCAGCUGGCUGCAGCGCCUCUGCAGCAAGCUCUCUAGAACCUUCCUUCACAGAGAACUGGGGAGAGUGCAUGCUGCCGCUGCUGAAGCCUUCUGGGAUCGACCCCCAGAAGUUGGAUGGCCUGUCGGUGAAAUUCGUGCUGCUGUUCUGGCGGCUGUCUCUAGAGGACAUUCUGGUGCCCACGGAGCAGUACGAGGCCUCCAUCAGCAAGCUGCAGAACGCUUUAAACGACGUACAGACGCAGAAAGCAAUUGAAGAGAUAGAACGUUACCGUCGGAACAUGGCCAGCAGCGGCAACAGCAGCAGCAGCAGCCGGGAGCCGACUGCAGCGAUGGUAGCCGCAGGGGCAGUGGACUACAGCAGGAAGGAAGAAGAGGCCCUCAAGAAGAAACGGAUAAGACUCAAACAACACCGCAGGGCUCUUGAGCAAGAGUUCAACAGCCACAAGGCAAGGCAGGCGGCCGUGCGCGCGGCUCUGCAGGACGAAAGUCGCACGUGGCUGCUGCCAGCCAAGCAGCAGCAGCAGCAGCAAGCGCAGCAGGUGCUGCUGCAUGCAGAGAGCUGUGACUCCGACGGGGCCUCUUCAGUGCUCACCAUGAGCCGCCGCAGCAGCACCACCGAAGACAGCUUGGUGCUGCCUCGAGAUACCCCCAAGCGGCUCUCAGGCGGCGGCAGCGAGGGUGUUGCUGCGCCCAAAACCGGCGUUGCUGCUGCAGCAGGAGCAGCAGCACCCCAAGCAGCAACACCAACAGCUGCAGGAGCAGCAGGCGGCUCCAAAAGGGGACCCUUCGCAAUCCGUGCGAUUAUCAAGUACAUGUUGGCUCCUCGCGUCAUUAACUCUGAAGCUGAUGCGCUCUUCUGCGCUCACUUUGUUUGGCUGCUCGUCAGCCUCCGCCUUCCUCUCUUCAACUUUCUCGAUUUCAUGAACAUUUGGACACGCAUGCUUGUGCCUCUCAUCAGGAGCAGUACUGAGCGGGAGGCGCAGAUGCUGGGCCUGUUUGUUGCGGAGAUUCUGUCCCCCUUGCGUCGUUGGCUACAAGACAAAGAGGCAUUUGAGAAGGAGACUGAGGGCAACUGCUGCUUCGCGCUGACCUACAGAUUCGCAGACAACAAGGCCAAGCACUGCCACCUCGUGAAGGGGGCCAGGAAGUGGGAGGCCCGAAUACUGGACGGUUUGCCUCUGGCAGCAGCUGCUGCUUCAUCUCCCAACGACUCGGGCUGGCUGGAGACGAAGGCCGCGGUGGUCUUUUUGUCGCGGUGUCACUACAGCUUUCCGCUAACUUACAGGCGUGGGGUGGAGCUCAUGCGCCGCCUAGAAGAAGCUCUGACUGCAGCACAAGCGUGGAACUGGAAGGACGUUUCACUCUCGGCUGGCAGCAUAAUGAAGGUGCUGGCGAAGCACCAGCGGGAAGGGCGGUGGCUAGACCCUGUCCCUGCAGCAGCAGCAGCAGCAGCAGCGGCUGCAGCAGGGUCUGGUGCAGCAGCAGAAGAGAAGCCGAAAAGCAACGCGCUGUCGCAGCAGCAAACGACACCUGCGGGGAAGGAUAAAGCUGCGGCGCUCCAGCAGCCAGGCGACAACAGCAGAGCCACAGAAACCCCCAAGCUUCAGCAGGGCCAUACUGCUGCAGCGUCGCCUUUCAGCGCGACAGCGUCAAGAGCAAAAAAUGCCUUAACUGGGCUGGCUGGAGAGCCCCAGGCCAAACGGGCCAAGACAGAAGCAGCAGCAGCACCACCAGGAGCCAGCACUGCAAACCCACCAGUACAAGCAGCGCCUGCGGCAUCAGACAGCUCUACGAGUAACAGCAGCACGAAAAACCCAGCUCGCCCUGCUGCUGCUGCCACCCCUGCUGCUGCUGCCACCUCUGCUGGAGCCGCACCUGCUGUAUCAGCACCUGCUGCAGCAGCACCAGCUGCAGCGGCCGCACCUGCUGCACCAGCACCUCCUGCAGCACCUGCUGCUCUUCAGCCCCCAGCCGCCGCUCCUGCUGUUCCUCCUGCUGCAGCCCCCGUGCGAAGGAGCCCUCUUGGCCCUGAGGCUGUUUCUUUGAUGAAGGCGAGGAUGGCAGGGCUUGCUGGAGCUUCUCCUCCUUUGCCCAGCAGCGGCAGCACUAAGGGCAGCCGCAGCGGCAGCACAGUUGUAGGCUCGACGAUGCAGGAGUCAGCAGGACAGCCUAGCAACAGCAGCAGCAGCAACCGGCAGAGUAGCAGCAGCAAACCCCCAAGCAACAGUGGAGCAUCUCCGAGGCCCCUUCGUAAUGCCGACUCUACUGCGUCUGGAGGACGUGGGGUCCCAUUCGGCAGCUACGCAUCUGCAAAUAACAGCAGCAGCAGCAGCAGCAGCAGCAAGACAGAAGCUCAAUCAGCACGUAGCCAUCGUGACGGCGGAAGCACUUCUAAAAGCAGUGACUCCGCUAGCGGGCGUCAGCAGGACAGCAGCAGCCGAAACAGCAGCAAAGCGGCUGCUUCUUCAGGGUCUGCAGCCACCGGCACGGCGGGGCCAAGCAGCAGCAGCAGCAACAGCAGCGGAAGAACGCAUGCUGGUGAUGGCGGGCACGGGUCCAGGAACCGAAGUGGCGCCCCCAGCAGUAGCGUCAGAGAUGGGGGUAGCAGCAGCAGACAGCAGCAGCAUAGAGGCAGCAGUAGCAGCAGCAGCAAUCGUGAAGGGGAGAGCACUGCAUCCAGCAGCAGAAGCAACACCGCGAGGAGCAACCACAGCGGGAGCAUGCGCAGCAGCAACAACAGCAGCAGCUCUUCUGGAGACCCAAGGCCCUCUUCUUCAAGCAGCAACAGCAGCAAUAGCAGCAGCAGCAACAGCAGCAGCAGGGAUAGCAAUCGUACGCGCACUCAUAGUUCGUCCAGCUCCCGCAACAGUAGCAGCAGCAGCGGUGUGACGAAGCCUAGAGUGGCGCCCAAAGCACCCCCGCCCAUUGUGGCUCCUCGUGGGGUCAGCAGCAAAUCAGGUGUUUCUGCUGCUGCUCCUGUUGCCACGAUGCCCUCUGGCUCUACUCACCAGGGCCCUCAUUCUGCUGCACCUACUGCUGCCAAGAACAGCAGCAACAGCAGCAACAGCAGCAACAGCAUCAGCGGCACUGACGCCUUCGGUCCAGGAUCCUCGGCCCGGUCCCAUGGAGGAGCUGAAGGGACUUCGGGGGGCUCUGCCUUCAGCAGCUGGCCCAACAAGAGAGAAGGAGAUAGUGCAGAGGGAGACGAGGAUAGGAAGCGACAGCGUACUGUGGACGCUGCGGAGGGUCACAGCAGCAGCAGCAGCAGCGGCAGCAGCAGCAGCAGCGGCAGCAGCAGCAGCAGCAGCAGGAGCUCGGGCUCACGCAACAAGAUUAAGAAGCCACCAGUUCCUGCUCCUAUGUCUGGGGGUGUUCCCGCCGUCCCCCCUUCUAAUACAGCAGCAGCCGUGCCAGCAGGAGCUGCAGGUGCUGCUGCGUCAAGUGCAGCUGCUGCUGCAUCUGCUGCAGACGGCAGCACGCCGCAGCCGCGCAAUGCGCUGUUCGCGCAGCAAAGCGAACAGAGGCACAGCAGGAACUAG